AUGCCAAAAACUCAUAUUCAAACACCAAACAAACUCAAGUUAAAAAACACCACAAACUCAAGUUCAAACACAACACAAACUCAAGUUCAACAAACACACAAAUUCAAGUUCAAAAACACCACAAACUCAAUUGUAAACACGACACAAACUCAAGUUCAACAAACUCAAGUUCAAACACAACACAGAGUUCAAAUAACACACAAAGUCAAGUUCAACAAACCAACAAAGUCAAGUUCAAAAACACCACAAACUCAAGAUGAAAUGCACAACAAACUCAAGUUCAAACAUGACAAAACUCAAGUUCAACCCAGCCACAAACUCAAGUUCAAACGCGAAACAAACUCAAGUUCAAAAACACCACAAACUCAAGUUCAAACACAAAAAAACUCAAGUUCAACAAACACACAGACUCAAGUUAAAACACAUCACAAACUCAAGUUAAAAAAACACUACAAACUCAAGUUCAAAAACGGAACAAACUCAAGUUCCAAAACACCACAACCUCAAGUUCAAAGAAACAAACAAACUCAAGUUCAACCAACGCGACAAACUCAAGUUUAA